AUGUGCGGAUCGUGUCGCAGGCACAUUGCUCAAGCACGUUAUGCAUCAACAGCUACAGCGCAAGCUACGAUCGAAUCACCUCCAAUAAGCCAAGUAUCUCCAGACGAACCAGCUCCCUCGAGCUUACAGCAGCCGCGCAUAAUUGUCAAAGCAGGAGUCGUCGUAUCACGUCCACCGCUCAUCACUCCUGAUCCUCAUCCAUUCGAAACAGCCUUCUACUUGUACCAGCGGCGACUUAACGAGAGACUUGUUCUACCUUUUACACAAUACUUUCAUUAUAAGCGCGGCACUCCAGCAUUCGAGCAUUGGCGAACGAGGCGACGAGAGCGAGGUGGUGUUGCGGCUCGUGACCUUGGAAAAUACAAUGCCUAUGCAAAGGACAAUUGGAACGAUGAGGCGCUUGUGGGAGACAAAAGUGCAGAUCAGCAACACAUUGUUGAACAGCUGCUCGAUGAAGAAGGCAGACAGUCAGAGUUUCUAGGAGAUAACGCUAACGAGAGCGACACAAAAUUAGCCGGCCUGAAGCGAGCCACAGACGCUGAUCGGGAAAACGACCAAAAGAGCCUCGAAAGAAAUCUGAGCCGGACAUUGUACCUGCUCGUACGGACCAAAGAUAAGAGCCAGGCCGAAGAUAUGACAAGAGCUUGGACCUUUCCAAGUGGUGAUGUAGAUGGAAAGGAAGGGUUGAAGGAGGCUGCGCAGCGGGUCCUUGCUACAGCCUGUGGUGUCAACAUGAAUACUUGGUUCGUCGCAAACCAUCCGAUCGGCCACUACAGCGAGCGUCCAAAUGUUGAAAACAAGUCAGAAUCGACAUCAGCUACAGGAACGUCGACCACGUCUGAGAUUGACGCAGAGAAGACCUUCUUCAUGAAGGCGAGAAUAUUUUCUGGGCAAGCUGAUCUCAAGGAAAACACCUUCGAACUCGAGGAGUUCAAAUGGUUAACCAAAGAAGAAAUUGAGAAGCAUGUGACGCCGGGCUACUGGCAGGGCAUCAAAAACAUGUUGGUCGAGCACUAA